AUGGGCAUUGAACCAAUUUGGCAAGGUCGACAUAUUUGUUUACUUCUCGCGUACUAUUUUCUCUGUGUGUUUAUUACUGUGUACACUAUUUUCCAGCGGCACUUUCUCAUUGGUCUCCUCGAUUGCAUACUAUUUGAACUGUUAUCACAGGUUUUCGAGCAAAAAGGCCUUUUCUCAACAAGAUACGGCAAGGCUCGCUACGUUAUCGCUGCUGCUGCUGCUGCUGCUGCUGUAGACAUGUUCGAGAGCGCGGCGAACGAUGGUCUGCAGCCGCCGGCGCCGAAGCACGAUGCGGUCUUCGUCGAUGACAUCGAUAUGGACAGCUCAGAACUGAUCGAGCUUGAGCCAGCCGUUCCACUGACGAGCGCUCCAGGCCCAUCCACUUCACGAAUACCAGAUUUUUCGUUGUUGAACCAUACCGAAAAUGAGCAGCUUUUCCAGGCUCAGUCACGUAGAAGUGAUGAAGUACAGUGGGCGAAAUGCGACCCGGCAUGUGACGCAGACAGGGAUCUAAAAGAAUUCUGGUCUCGUGUUCGGGAAAAAAUAAACUCUCUUGAUCCGGUAAUUUGCUCUUCAAACUCUUUUUUGCUCUCGACAAAUCACGUUUUUUCACACAUUUUACACAUUGCUAGCACUGCCAGUGCUGGUGUUGAAUUGGUGGCUAAGGGGCUCGUCGAAUAG